UGUUUUAUGAUGUGUCAACUAGUAAUCAAGUGACAGUUUUAUUACAUUUCUAAUUAAGUCAGGGUUGGAUUGAGUUUAAAAAAAUAUAUAUAUAUAUGCAUGCAUUUUAGGAUUCACAACAAUGCACUAUUAUGACAGCAAACGAGGAUUUCAAUUGUUCCAUCCGACUUGCUGUAUGCCUUAGGAAACCCCGCCUAUUUUCCCGGAAGUAACUGUCAAACUGACCGUGUAGCACUGAUUGUACUACAUCUGUUGAUAAGCAGAGAAAAGUAGGUAGAUAAGGGGAAAUAACGGUACACUUUUAAACAAACUCACAUAAAACAAUAAUGGAAAGUGUAUCCUCGCCGUUACGGUGCUUCGGCGAAUGUCACACCGCGGAGAAAUACACGGAUGACGGAGUGGAGACGGUGACUUCGGUAGAACAGAGAAAAGUCGAACGCAGUAUUCAAGAAGUAAUCAGUGUUUACAAGCAGAUACACAGCUUACCGCACACCACCGCUGUUUUCGCCACCAUGACCGAGCCCACUCUAUUGAGGGACCAGCACUACCAGUACCUGAAGAAAGGAUUACGUCAUCUCUCCGAUGCUUAUGAGUGUCUGGAUGCCAGCAGGCCCUGGCUGUGCUACUGGAUUCUACACAGUCUGGAGCUGCUGGAGGAACCUGUGCCCACCGCUAUCGCCUCAGAUGUGUGUAAGUUCCUGGCGCGGUGUCAGAGUCCUACUGGGGGUUUUGCUGGAGGUCCAUGUCAAGCUGCCCACCUGGCUCCCACCUACGCUGCUGUCAACGCACUCUGUAUCAUCGGCACCCAGGAGGCAUACAACAUUAUCGACAGGUACUACAACAUUAUCGACAGGUACUACAACAUUAUCGACAGGUACUACAACAUUAUCGACAGGUACUACAACAUUAUCGACAGGUACUACAACAUUAUCGACAGGUACUACAACAUUAUCGACAGGUACUACAACAUUAUCGACAGGGAGAAGCUGCUCUCCUUCCUGUUCUCUGUGAAGCAGCCAGAUGGCUCCUUUGUGAUGCACAUAGGAGGAGAGGUGGACGUCAGGAGUACGUACUGCGCUGCGUCGGUGGCGUCUCUCACCAACAUCAUGACACCCACUCUGUUCCAGGACACUCCCACGUGGAUUGUCAGCUGUCAGAACUGGGAGGGGGGUCUCGGGGGCGUCCCUGGGCUAGAGGCCCAUGGAGGGUACACCUUCUGUGGGACGGCUGCCAUGGUCAUCCUGGGGAAGGAGCACAUGCUGGACCUCAAGUCUCUGCUGCGGUGGGUGGCCAGCAGACAGAUGAGGUACGAGGGAGGGUUCCAGGGUCGUUGUAACAAACUGGUGGACGGCUGCUACUCCUUCUGGCAGGCUGGGCUGCUGCCACUGCUACACAGAGCCCUCUUCAAAGGAGGGGACUCUACAUUGAGCCUGCAGAAGUGGAUGUUUGAGCAGCAGGCGUUGCAGGAGUACAUCCUCCUCUGCUGUCAGAACCCUGCUGGUGGGCUGCUGGACAAGCCUGGCAAAUCCAGAGACUUCUACCACACCUGUUACUGUCUGAGUGGUCUGUCCGUAGCGCAGCACUUUGGCAACAUGGACCUGCACCACGAGCUGAUCGUCGGCCGGGAGGAGAACAGACUGGCCCCCAGCCACCCCGUCUACAACAUCUGUCCAGAGAAGGUAGCCCAGGCCAUCCAACACUUCCACCAGCUGCUUGUCCCCGUGCCUGCACAGAAAGAGGGGUCCUCGGCCUGCAACACUACCGCUGACCACUCCUAGUGCUCACAGUGUCGGCAUGGCUAUGAGCGUAUUUGAGGGGGUCAAUUUGAGCAUGAAGGCGAGGCUCCGAAUCGCUUAUCUUGAAUGAAUAGUUUAUUUGGGAUGCAAGGUUUGUCUAUAUCGGUGAUUCUUUUGCACUACGACUGCAAUGAUAAACUCUGGGAUAAGGUAGUAGUGGCACAUAACCCCUGAUACAGGAUCAGAUAUUUUUGUCAUCCUCCUUAGGAUUCGGGGGAAAUCUGUUCCUAGAUCUGUGGUUAGGAGCAACUUCUAGUGCCUUCAGAAUGUAUUCACACCACUUGAUUUUUUCCAAAUUUUUUGAUGUUACAAAGUGGGAUUAAAAUGGAUUAAAUUGUCAUUUUUGGUCAACGAUCUACACAGAAUUCUACCUUAUUACAUUUUAUUUUUUUUAUUAUUUUUUUUUAUAUAAAUAUAUAUAAGUUCACACAUUCUUUAAAAAGUAAUGGUUGUUAAUCAUUGAUAAGACUUGAAUGCCAUUUUCAAGUCUUGUCAUAGAAUUUCAAGUAGAUAUAAGUAAAAACUGUAACUAGACCAUUCAAAUAUUCAAUGUUGUCUUGGUUAAGCAACUCCAGUGUAGAUUUGGCCUUGUGUUGUAGGUUAUUGUCCUGCUGAAAGGUGAAUUCAUCUCCCAGUGUCUGGUGGAAAGAUUUUCCUCUAGAAUUUUGCAUGUGCUUUGCUCCAUUCUGUGAAUUUUUUUAUCCUGAAAAACUCCCCAGUCCUUAACAAUGACAAAUAUACCCAUAACAUGAUGCAGCCACUAGUAUUCUUGAAAAUAUGGAACGUGGUAUUGGAUUUUGCCCCAAACAUAACGCUUUGUAUUCAGGACAAGACAUUAAUUUAUUGGCCACAUUUUUUGCAGUAUUACUUUAGUACCUUGUUGCAAACCGGAUGUAUGGAGGCUUCCUUCUUUUCAAUUAGGUUAGUAUUGUGGAGUAAGUACAAUGUUGAGCCAUCCUCACCGUUGGCCUCAUGGUGAAAUCCCAGAGCAGUUUCCUUCCUUUCCGGCAACUGAGUUAGGAAGGACGCCUGUAUAUUUUUAGUGACUGGGUGUAUUGAUAUACCAUACAAAGUGUAAUAAAUAACUUCACCAUGCUCCAAGGGAUAUUUAGCUUUUAAUUUUUUACCCAUCUACCAAUAGGUGCCCUUCUUUGCAAGGCAUUUAAAAACCUCCCUGGUCUUUGUGGUUGAAUCUGUGCUUGGAAUUCACUACUCGAUUUGAGGGGCCUGUAUGUGUGGGGCAAUCAUUCAAAAAUCAUGUUAACCACUAAUAUUGAACACAGUGGGUCCAUGUGAUUUGUUUAACACUUUUACUCUUGAACUUAAGUUAGUCAUAUAACAAAAGGGGUGAAUAGUUGACUCAAAACAUUUCAGCAUUUUUAAAAACAAAAUUACCACUUUGACAUUAUGGGUAUCAAUGACACAAUCUAAAUGUAAUUCAUAUUAAAUUGUGUCUGUAACACAAAUUGUGGAAGAGUUAAAGGGGUGUGAUGGGACUGUAUAUGUGGAGCGGUGGGCUUGCUGAGAAGUGGACUAAAAGUAUCCAUCCAGCAGAAACGGGUUGAUUGCUGGUCCCCAACUGACAAACAAGGGAUUGGGAGAAGAGGAGAAAAUUAGGGCUGUCCAAAUAAAGGCCUGAGUAUAAAUUGUU